GACUAAACCUGUCGUGAACGAGUAUUUACAUUGUAUCGUGUAAAUUUAUGGAUCAGUAACUAUAGCGUGGUUAUUUUAUUCAUCGAUCGUGUACUAUUUAUUAACCUUUAUGUUACAAGCAAGACUAUAUGUUCAUGGAUUAGUAAAAAGUCAGAGUGAUGUUUGAUGUUCUUUAAUCUGCCAGCAUGUCAUACGACGCACAGAACCCGUUUAAUUAUGUCACAGCACAACCGGAAAGCAGAAUUGGAGUGCCACCUGGUUCUGUCCAAGUAAAUGGGGUCACUGUACGUAAUUUGACAGACACAGAUUGGGAUGCGGAAUUCGCCGGCAGAUUGACUGUAGAGGCGUUCAGGGGAAAAUUUGCUCAUUGUGUAACAGAGAGGAAACUGCCAAUUGCAGUAAAGAACAUGACAGCGUACCAUAGAGGUCAAGGUCAGGCAUUCUACAAUCGUGCUUUUGUAGCCGAACUAGAAGGACGACCUGUUGGGUUUCUUCAAAUUAAAUUUAAAGGUGAUACGGAAAUUGACAAAGAUGAUCAUAUAUCGGAGCUGGGUUGUUGGCACGCCAUUAGGUAUGGAUGCUUAGGAUUGGCGACAUCUUUUGAAGUUGAUAAAAAUUACAAGUGUUAUUUGGAUCACAUAUGUGUAGAUGAAAGUGCCCGAGGGAAAGGCGUCGGCAAGGUAUUGAUGCAGAGGGCUGAAUACGAGGCUAGAGCAAGAAAUUGUUCUAUAAUAUAUCUUUACGUUUUGACUACUAACAGAGCACGGAAUCUCUACGAACGGGAAGGAUAUCGUGUGACUGAUACCAGUACUGGUUGUGGAUGCCUCGGAUGCUGCAUAGGUCCUCCAGGGGAAAUGCACGAGAUGCAGAAAACUCUUCUAUAAAGAUGCAGCGUUUUGCGCAAGAGCAUAUAGUGAUAUCGACACAUAGUUUUAAACGUCCUCAUUAUCAUCAUCAGUAUCAUCAUACUCAUUCUAAUUGAUAUUAAAGGAAUUUUGUUUCUCCCAAGCGAAUCUUCUUUACUUAAGUUUUCUUCUAUGUAUUUGUUAUACAGCUUUGUACCAUUACUCAAUCAGUGUUACUUUAAUCAACUGUGUUAUCGCGUAUGAAAAACUGAUGUUAUUUGACAUGAGCAGCUCGUCCGUAUAAUAGUAUGUGUUUUGUAAUGUAUAUUAUAUUUUGUAUUUGUUAUUGUUUGUUAUUUCUAUCAAAGUUAGAUAUUCAAAUGUACCUUGAGAUUCAAUUUGUUAUAAUUUUUUUGUCAUUGUUGCAGAAUGUAACAUAUGUUGAUAAUAGUUCAUCUUUUUAUCGUUUGUUAAGGAGGUAGGUUACCUUGUUACAAGAGUAAAUUCAGAUUAGUUGAACCGCAGCAUUUUUUUGUAUUUCGUGUAAUAUGAAGUUUUAACUGCUACAAUCUCAAUUUCGUUUGUCUCUGUCUCUUCAAGUUCAGUUUUUAUCAAGGUUUGAAGAACAUGACCCUCCAAAGGUAUUUCAUAUUGAAAGAAGAAGGAAAAUACGGAUAUUUAACACUUUUCAGUGUAUUUUAGUUUCAUUGAUAUCCGUAAAAGUCUGUAUAAUUGAUAAUUUUACUAGUAUACACGUUAGCUUUCUAAUAUAAGCUUAAAAUGUAUAUGUCGCGGGGCUCGUGUUUCCAUGGUAACGCAUUUUCUCUUAUUUUUAAACAACUUUGUAUAAAAAUACGGGUUUUCGACGGCUUCAGUGCCAUUCUGUUAAUGACCAACAUGGAAUAUUUGGGUAAUAUUAUCAGCAAAAUACCAAGCACUUUACAUGGUACCCUAUUUUUCUCAAAGUUAAAAGUAACCAUGGCAACAGAGAUGUUUAAAAUAGCUUAUAUCUUGCUUUUUGUACUGAUUUCUUAUAAAAAAAACAUUGAAUAAGAUUAUCUUUCUAGUUAAUUUAGCUUUAAAACAUUAUUUCUAACGUAAGUUAUAUUUUCGUGUUAUUUGCAUUUAUUCAAACAAAUUUCACAGCUUAGAAUACUUACAGCAGUACCCCUCGUCUGGCAUUUUUCAUGGAAAAAUCGUUCAGCAUGCUGUUAUUAUUCUCAUGGAUAUUGUUGAAAUGAAAAUAAAAAGCCGAAGCUGUGUUUCUUAAAUAGACCAGUGUCAACGCUAUUGAAUUUCACAUUUAGAUAUAUAGGUCACGGGCUUCGUUUCCAUUAUAACAUCAAUUUAAUUCAAGAAACCACAAUUUUCUACUGAAAUUUGAACAAUUUUAGAUCUUAAUUUAAGUAUAUAAGUAACAAAUUUUCAACGGAACCUGAAAAAUAGGUAUUACAAAUCAAACUGCUAGAUUUUUUAUUUGAAAAUGACCGUAACAAGUAACCUUUCACCCAACUUUAUUCCAAAUAACAUUGGUUACCAUCGUCCAUUUUCUUACAUUCCUCAUAACAUUUCAAUAUAACUACACAAAAGGAGCAAAAUAUUGAUUAUUAUUCAGAGCAAUAGACUCAUAAAAAUAUUUCAGCAAAUAAUGGUUAUUUGAAAAUAGUUGAAAUAAAAUAAAUGCACAGAAUUACGUACUUUCGAGAUAAAAGCUAUUAAUUUUGCGCGGUAACUGACACGUAACGUCAUGACGUCAAUGACGUCAUUUUAAAGCAACAUUGUUUUGAAGCGUUUUUGCGGCAAUGUAUUCAUUAUUUCUACAUUAUUAAGCCAUAAAGCAUCAGAUCGAAGACGGGUUCAUGAUUUGUUUUCAGAAGAAUGAAUAUACAAACACAUUUAGUUUGUCGUAAACGUCGUCGUAAAUCGUCACGUUAGCUUCCGGUUGAACAUGCGCACAUACAAAUAUGAAGGUAACCUACCUCCUUAACCACUUCUGUGCCAAGUGCCGAUUUUAGGCCAAUGUUGUUUACUACGUUGAGUGCCAAGGGCCGAUUUGGGCCGAUUUGAAUUGAAUAGUCCUGGCAUUCCUUUAAUAUGGGAAUAAAUCGUUUUCGUGCAGAAAGGUAUACAGUUGUUUCUAUGGACAUGCAAACAUAACAACGUAACAGACUUUUCAUGACGUAACAUUUGAUGUUUUCAAGUAAAAUACUUCUUAAAGAGUUUUCGUAACGCCGUUGUUUCUGUUCUUAAGUUAGAUACGGCGUAAUACAUUUGUACACUGUCUGUACCCAAUGUAUUAGUAUUUACUGCAUUAACAGCAAAGAUAAUGUCGCAAUUUCACAGAAAGAAAUAAAGUAAAACACGCUG